CACUGACAAUUGAUCCAAUCCGCUUUCCCAUUCAUCAAAUAAAAGUCUUUUAUAUAAUUUUAUAUAUUCAACAAAUAGCAUUUUGUAUAUCUGAGAGAAAAAUCAUCAUCAGAUUCCGGAAUUGAAUAAUCAUCCGAUCCCUUUUCUUCAACCAGCAAUUUGACAGAUCCAAAUCGCGUUCUGAUUUUGGGCAGGUUGUGAUUUUCGUGUGCAAAGCUUGCGGAUUGAGCUGCUUUGAAAUGUCAAUUUUUGACGGGCUUCCCAUUUCGCGAGAGAAAUCGUAUUUAAAAGAAGAACUUUCUAAAGUAGAUGAAAGUUGGGCUGCUGCACGCUUUGAUUCAUUACCUCAUGUCGUGCAUAUUUUGACAUCAAAAGACCGUGAAGGAGAAGUCCAGAUUUUGAAAGAGCAGAGCGAGGUUAUUGAAGAAGUUGUUGAUGAAGUUGUCCAUGCUUACCAUGGAGGUUUUAACAAAGCAAUUCAAAAUUAUUCUCAGAUAUUGCGGUUAUUUAGUGAAUCUGCUGAAAGCAUUAAGACCUUAAAGGUUGAUUUAUCUGAGGGAAAGAAGCUUCUUGGUGCUCAUAAUAAGCAGUUGCAUCAGUUUUGGUAUCGUUCUGUUACCCUGCGGCAUAUCAUUGCGUUGUUAGAGCAAAUUGAAGGCAUAGCUAAGGUACCGGCUCGUAUCGAAAAGCUCAUUGCUGAAAAGCAGUUUUAUGCUGCAGUUCAGUUACACGUGCAGUCAACUUUAAUGCUUGAAAGGGAGGGCCUCCAAUCGGUUGGUGCUCUUCAAGAUAUUCGGUCUGAAUUGACUAAGCUGAGAGGGACAAUCUUCUACAAGGUUUUUGAAGAAUUGCAUGCCCAUCUCUACAAUAAGGGUGAAUACAGCUCAGUUGUCGUGAGUAUAAAUGAGAAUGAUGAUGCAAUUCCAACUUCCACAGCUGGUACAUUUUCCUUGAACCAUUCGCACACUCACUCUCGAAGAACCCGAUCUAUGAAAGUAGACAAUGAUCUUGUGACAAAUGGUGCUGCAGAUGGAUUCCGGAGACCGGGCUCAAUUGAUGGAGGUUCAUCAAUCAGUGGCUACAUCGAGGAUGGCAUGACUGAUUUCAAUGAUGAUGCUGAUGGACAUACUCCUACAAUGAAGGCAAAUAAUGGUGAUACUGGCUCAAGGGAUGUGAAAGUUCGGUCUCGUCAGAUUCCCAUCUGGCUAUCAGAUUCCACUCCUGAUGAAUUUGUUGAAGCAAUGAGAAAGAGUGAUGCUCCAGUUUUUGUGAAAUACUUGCGGACUAUGGUUGAGUGCCUCUGUGUGCUUGGGAAAGUUGCUGCUGCUGGUGCUAUGAUAUGCCAACGCUUACGCCCUACUGUCCAUGAAAUUAUUACCACCAAGAUCAAAGCUCAAGCAGAACGUGCUGCAGGAAAAAAGUCUGGUCUUGGUCACACGUCCUUGUCCACAUCAUCAGGUCUACGAUAUCUGAAAGGGAGGGUGGAGGGUCAUCACUUACCUCAACAAAAACGUCUGAAUGGCGUAUCAACCACAGGAGCUUUGUCAGCAACAAGCCCUGUCUCUCACAUGAUGUCUCCUUCUGGUGCUGCCCAAUUUGCAGCCAGGGAAUUACUUGAUUCUAUACUGGAUACUGUUGUUCAAAUAUUUGAAAACCAUGUCAUUGUUGGAGAGCUACUUGAAUUGAAAUCUUCACAACAAGUUAACCUGAAUACGCCAAAAGCAUUGGCUGGAGAGAUUAGUUGGAAUCAUGAUUCGGACGCUUCUCAUGAUACUGGAGGUUAUUCUAUUGGCUUUUCCUUGACUGUUAUACAGAGUGAGUGCCAACAACUUAUAUGUGAGAUCCUGCGAGCAACUCCUGAAGCCGCAUCUGCAGACGCAUCUGUGCAAACAGCUAGACUUGCUGGCAAGACCAGUCCCUCGAAUGAAAAGAGUGAUGGAUCAGACGAUGGCCUUGUCUUCACAUUCCGCUUCACAGAUGCUACUGUUUCCAUUUCUAAUCAGGGGACUGAUCUUCUUCGGCAAGGAUGGAAAAAGGGCGCCAGUGUACACCAGGAAGGAUAUGGAAGUGGAACUGUGUUACCCGAACAAGGGAUAUAUUUAGCAGCAUCAUUGUACAGGCCAGUGCAUAAGUUUACAGAUAAAGUUGCAUCAAUGCUCCCCCAAAAGGUUUCCCAAAUCAGCAAUGAUGGGUUGCUUUCGUUUGUGGAGAACUUUGUGAAGGAUCACUUUUUACCAACGUUGUUUGUAGAUUACAGAAAAAGCGUACAGCAAGCCAUAUCAAGUCCAGCUGCAUUUCGCCCACGGGCUAGUGCAGCUGCUUCGUAUACUCCAUCAGUUGAGAAGGGGCGUCCUGUCUUACAAGGACUGCUGGCAAUAGAUUUCUUAGCAAAAGAGGUACAUGGGUGGGCUCAAGCAAUGCCAAAAUUUUCUGGUGGUCUAAUUAGCUAUGUAAAAACUUUCCUUGAAAGAGCAUAUGAAAGGUGUCGAACAUCAUAUAUGGAGGCUGUUCUUGAGAAGCAAAGCUACAUGCUCAUCGGGAGGCACGAUAUAGAGAGGCUGCUGCGACUUGAACCAGCAAGUGCAUGUUUACCAAAUUCAGCAGAUUAUUUUGGUGAAACAUAUGGAUAUGAUACAGAGUCUUCUGAUAUCGAAAAUCAAUUAAGUGAUAUACUACUUAAUUUGAGGCCUAUCAAGCAGGAGAACCUGAUUCAUGAUGAUAACAAACUUAUUCUAUUGGCUUCAUUGAGUGAUUCAUUAGAAUAUGUUGCGGACUCAAUAGAAAGGCUAGGGCAGUUAUCUUCCACAUCAGAUGAUCAUUUGGAAGAAAAUGGAAUGCCGAAGUCCCAUGAUGGAUCUUUAAGAGGUCUUGCAUCAUUUGCUGAAGAGUAUAGAAGAUUGGCAAUUGAUUGUCUUAAAGUUCUUCGGAUAGAAAUGAUGCUGGAGACAAUUUCUCAUAUGCAGGAAAUGGCAAAUAGGUCUUACAUGGACGACCAAGAUGCAGAGGAGCCUGAUGACUUUGUUAUAUCAUUAACUUCCCAGAUAUCACGCCGGGAUGAAGAAAUGGCCCCAUACGUUGCAGAUGUGAAAAGAAAUUACAUAUUUGGAGGAAUAUGCAGUAUUGCAGCUAAUCUGUCAUUGAAGGUUUUGGCUGGAAUGAAGUCUAUUGACCUCUUUGGAGUUCAGCAGAUUUGUCGUAAUUCAAUUGCACUGGAACAGGCUUUGGCAGCUAUUCCUUCAAUCGACAGUGAAGUUGUGCAGAUGAAACUGGAUCAUGUUCGGACGUAUUAUGAAUUAUUAAACAUGCCCUUUGAGGCACUGCUUGCAUUCAUUUCAGAACACGAAACCCUCUUUGCGGCUGCAGAGUACGGCAAUCUUUUGAAGGUACAAGUCCCAGGCAGGGAAAUCCCCGAUGAUGCUAUGGAUCGUAUGGCGGAGAUCAUACCCCUCUAAAGAUGACGAAAAGCUAUCUCUCGUUUAUUAAAGUAAGCACCUUCUCACAUCAAACGAAAUGUCAGUGGAUGAAAUAUAAGCGAAGGCGAAGUGAGAAGCAAGCCGUAUGAGUUCGAGUUUAUAUUGCGAACUUGUGAGCAAUUAUUACAUUAAUUUCUGAUAUGUUUCUUCGAUUUCUUGGAUCAGAAUGGUGUCCAUCCAAUUCUGUAUAUUGUGGUGUGGAGGGAUUUUGAUGAGGAUUUUGCUUUCUAGAUGAUGAUGAUAUUGAGAAAUAUGAGUGUUUAUCUGGAGUUGCAGAGAGUGUUUUACAGCAGAAUGAAAUAGUUGGUGUAUGUUUUUGAAGCAAAGUGAAGUGAUGAGAUAUUAUUUAUUUA